UGGCCGUGGACACAAGGCUGCACGUGGAGUGGAACGAGGUGAAGUCCCUGCGUGCACUGUCACCCGUGGGCAGCACCCGGACCUCGCUGGUGCACCGCCUGGCUCGCCACAGCUCGUUGGACAGCCAGGACUCUCUCGAGGUAAAUGUUGAAGACACUGUCGAAAUGUUACCCAAGUCCCGGCGAGCCCUCACCAUCCAGGAGAUUGCUGCCCUGGCCCGCUCCUCCCUACACGGUAUCUCGCAGGUGGUGAAAGACCACGUGACGAAGCCGACGGCCAUGGCGCAGGGCCGUGUGGCACACCUCAUUGAGUGGAAGGGCUGGUGCAAGCCCGUGGACUCGCCUGUGGCUCUGGAGAGCGCCUUCAACUCGUACUCGGACCUGAGCGAAGGGGAGCAGGAGGCCCGCUUUGCCGCAGGGGUAGCGGAGCAGUUCGCCAUCGCGGAGGCCAAGCUGCGGGCCUGGUCGUCUGUGGACGGGGACGAUUCCAACGACGAGUCCUAUGACGAGGACUUCGCCAUCAGCACCGACAGCGCCCAGCCAGCUGAUGCCGCGGGCCAGCUGCCGCCCGGCUCCCUCCUGAAGGACUUGCUUCACAACCGCCUGGGCCAGCUGGGCGGGCGGCAGGGCUCCUGCGAGCCCGAGACCGACUCCUCUCAGACCAUCUCGCCCGAGACGUUGUGCUCGAGUCUCUGCAGCCUGGAGGACAGCCUCAUCCUCAAGGAGCUGGCCUCGCCGGCCGAGCUGGCCGCCAAGCUGCUGGGCGCCGUGGCCGGUGGCGACGAGCUGCUCUUUGCCAAGCUGCCCCCACAGACUGGGCACAGUGCCUUCCGGAGCUUGGCACAGCUGGACUGCCAGGACUCCAUGUACUCCAUGUCCUACACCGAGUCCUGCCUGUCCCCCACGGAGGACGAGGAGGUGGUGGGCAAGGACUCCCACACGCCAUGCCAGCUGCACGGGGACAGCUGUGGGGGGCGCCGGAAAGUCUCCGACGUGGCGUCCUCCGGGGUGGUGUCCCUGGACGAGGAGGAGGACGACGAGGCCGAGGCGCCGUGAGCGGCCCGGGGCGCGUGGCAUGCUGCAUCUCUCUCCUGCUCCGUGGCCCCCUCCCCGCCCUCCCCCCGUUUCCCAAGAGGACGAUGCCAGGGUCAAGCCUGGAGGUGAGGGGCAGGGGGGCAAGCCCUCUCCAUCACCCCCCCCACCUCUGCAGGCUGGGGCGCGGGCUCGGGGCCUGGCACCGGCUGGGUUUGCUUGCUGUGUCUCUCUCUCAGUUUCUGUUGUCUGUUUUUUUGCAUGAGAGUGUUUCUGGGGAUUAAACCAAACUGAAGCCAACCCCAGCACAGAGCCCACUGGCCCCGCUGCUCUCUGGGCUGCUGCUCCGCCGGGUGCAAGGCCUGGCGCUGGCUGAGGAGGGUGGGGGGCACGGCUACUGCUCUUCCAAGCCUCCUGGGUGGGCCGGACCCCGCCCUGAGACCCCAGGCCUGGUGGGGCUAAGCCGGCUCUGAUCAGCCAGGGCUGGCGCAGAUGGCUGAGGGUAGAGCAGGCUGGUGGAGGGGCAUGGUCCUUCCCCUUGGACAGCUGGCAUGUGCCUGUCGGGGGGGCUAAGAGAUGAGGCUUUGCUAUGCUGCUGUCGGGGUGUCUCUGGUUGCCAGCAUGGAGGGGAGCCGGGUGGGCACAGGGGGCUCUCACAGGUCGAUACCGUCCCUCGGACUCUCCUUCCGGGGGUGGGGGAUGUCAUGGCUUCUGUAACCAGCCUUGCUGCCUCCUUCCUGGUCUGGGGGCCUGGGCUCGGCCUCGGCCUCGGCCUUCAAAUAUAAAUAUAACCUGUUGGACACUG